CCACGUCACUCACAAGAUUUAACCCCGAAUAGGAUGUAGUGUCCAUGAUUAUCGACUGGCAGGCAAUAAGAGCCAGGAAAUUUGAACUCUAUCAAGGCAUCUACCACUCAUAACACAAUGUUCAUCGUUGAUGUUUGCUUUCCUGCUCACAUUGCGGGGAAUACAGCCAAAGGUGCGACCCCUGGUUCUGAUGUUGACAUGGAGUUCAUGAACCUUAGUUCACAUGUAUUAUGGCUGUCAUUAUUUUACACAAAAAUCGACAUGCCACGCUUUUUAUUUUAUUUUAUUUUUUAUUGCGCACAGCUCCUUGGCCUUUGGCUAUCGAAGUUGCUUGCACAUCAGAAGUAUGAACUCGACCGAAUGUUUUGAAUUUGGUCUUUACCACUCGAAAUCCGGAAUCUCUCUCUUAUGCAACGCAUAUAAACUGGUCUGCUCUUUGAAGAGUAUCUCAGCUCGGGCUUGCUCAUCUAUCAUUUGGCAAGACUUCGAAGCCACAACGGUUUCAUUGCUAAAUUUAAUCUUUGCGCAACAUAUCUCAACUAAUUCUACCAAGCUAAUACCGUGUACUAACUAUAGGAGGUGGUUAAGCAUUACACAUAGGUGCUCGCCUUCGGUCUCCGCAUUAAUCAAGCUGAUGUUCUUUUAGGAUCAGAUACUGAUGUUGGCAAUUAGCUGAUAGACGGCUAUAUCCAACGACCCUGAGGCCAAGGAUGUCAUCGUCAUUCCUCUUUAGGUUUAGCUGGUCUGAAGCUAAAAAGUCCCAUGAAAGUCUUGA